AUGCCUGCUCGUGCCAUCGUCAUGAUGGAAGACCUUCAAACCUCGAGCAAAGAUGUGGGAGCGGAGGCGGUGCUGACCAGAGGAAGGCAGACCAGAAACUUUGAGGAGCUCAAGCAUGUAAUCACUGCGGGUUUUCAGCACCAGGGAAGCUCAGCGAACCUAGCAUCGAAGACCUCGCCAGGCGAUUUGCUAGUCCUGCCCACACAGAUUGAAAACUUGGUUGAUGUAGUACAACGUAGCUUGAAGGUCAAUGUCACAAAAAACGGAGAAAGACGGAUCUCGCAUAACCGUCCCAAAACCGAGCGUUCCUUCAUGGUCUCAAAAUCACCAAAUGCUUCUUUGAAAAACUCAGACGAUUCGGAACAGGUUCACCCUUCAAAAAAGCCUCAAGUGGUUCGAAAGAAAUCUGGCGAACUUGUCCACCCUGCCCUCCGGCCGGCCUCACGACAGAGGACCACUAGCAUGCCUAGUAUCCCAACGUUGUCGAAAGCCGUCCAUUUUGACUCACACUUAGAGCAUGUGAGACAUUUCCUGCAGGUUGAUCGUCCGCUGGCAGUCAGCGCGGGCCCAUCUCCGGCUAACAACUACGCGACUGGCACGGUAGAUCCUUUCGACUGGAAGUCGGGGUCCAAAUCGCCUCCUUACAAGUGGGAGCUUGUCAUGAACAAUUUUCCUGUUGAAACUCUCGUGCGCAGCUCUCUUCCCGCCCGAGUGGAACGUGUGUGGAUGUCUAGCGACCAGAAAUCAUUGAAUGGGUCAAUCGGCGUAGCUAAUAUGGCCUUCCAGAAGCAUGUAGUUUGCAGAUUCACUUUUGACUAUUGGGAGACCAUGUCUGAGGUUGGCGCGGAGUACACACACGAGAUCAAGUCGAGGGAAUCUGAGCCUGGCCAUGAUCGGUUUGAUUUCACUAUCAACCUGUCAGACAUGAUUAACCUGGGGGCUAAGACCCUUUUCUUCUGCGUGAGGUACAAUGUCAACGGCCUUGAGUACUGGGACAACAACAAUAAUCUCAAUUUUCAGGUUGACUUCCGCAAGGUGCUACCACAAAACAGCGAGGGCACCUUCCAAGGUACCUCAUCGUGGCCAUUCAACUGCAUAUCGCUGAACAACCGACAUCCAAACCCAUCGAUAGGCACCUGGCCGAAAUUGAUGUCUACUAGUACCUUGGAUGGCGACUCCAAGCCAACUAUACUGCGUCUCAAGAGCUCCAAGUCCACUACCGCUCUCCCCAGUGGCAAUCUUGCAAAAUGGCUUCCUGCGCCUAGUGGAUUUGCCUUUGCAAACCGCUAUGGCUUCGCAGUCUCUCUCAAUGAUGCCAAGUAA